AGUUAGUAUGUUGACAUUAGUUUGACAAGUUUUUUUGAUUACUAUUAUUUUGAGGUUAUUAUAGGUUAAUUUUCACGGAAUUGAAUCAACCAAAAAUAAAGCGUUCGUUUCGUUAUUUUAAGAAAACAAGUAUUUUUACGUUGCUACCUUUUAAAUAUCCACGCUCGUCAUGUUUUUGGGGCGCAGGAUACCCCAAAUAUUACAACAAGCAACUGGCAUCCAACUAACUCUAUUAAGAUGUAAUUCACAAAAAUCUGAGAAAACAAUUAACCAAGUAACAUUGCUGGGUAGAGUUGGUGCUGAUCCUCAGAAACGUGGCUCAGAAGAACAUCCAGUCAUAAACUUUCCAUUAGCUACUCAUUACAGUUACAAGUAUGAAUCAGGUGAUGUCUUGCAAAGAACUGACUGGCAUAGAAUAAGUAUUUUUAAACCUGGCCUAAGAGAUACAGUCUAUAAAUAUUUAAAGAAAGGUCAGAGAGUUUACAUAACUGGUAAGUUAUCAUAUGGAGAAGUCAAAAUGGAUGAUGGCCAAGUUAGAUCUGCCUCAACGAUCAUAGCAGAUGAUGUUAUAUUCUUCCAAAAUGUGCCAGAACAGUAAUGUGCAACUUUGUUAUAAUGUUAAAGUUGAAAUAUCUAGUUUGUAAGGAUAAUUGUUAAUUAUAGUUUUCUAAUACAAUUAGUUUUGAAACAAAAUGGCUUUUUAUUUUUCUUUGUUGUAAGUCAAUAAUUCAUGAUAGCUGCAUAAAUUUUUAGCUAUUUUAUUUUAGUCUUGUUAGAUUUGUUUCAUUCAAAUCAAAGUUGAACAAAUUCUUCUUAUGAUUUGAUAACGCCAAGAGAUAAGAUGCCAAGUCCAAAACCAAAUAGGUUUUGGACUUGGCAUUAUUAAUUUUAUCCUCUCUUUCCAUGUAUGCACUGUGUUUCUUACUUUCUACGAAUAAUUAAGAGCUUAAUUAUUAUUAGGCUCUUGAUUAUUCCUUGACUUAAAAGAAAAUUCUGAAUAAGGGUCUUGAGCUUGUUCUUUGAUGUUUAUAAUAUUGUUUAUAAUAAAUCAUAGUAUAUGUUCUUAAUUUUCGUUAGUCUGAAUUUUAGUUUUAAAUCCUAACUCAAUAAAGGGCAACAGCCAUAGAGGGUUCCGGACCAAAUAUGAUGGUUGUAAGUUCUUACAACUUUCCUACUAGUCAAAUGGCGAUUAUAUGUAUAUAUUUUAAAAUAAGUCCAGGUCUCCUCAUGAUGUUCACCUUUACUGUAUUUCAGUGGUGUCUAAAUACCUAAGCUUGAAAUUUCAUAAAUGAUGAAUGUCCAACUUGAAAAAUACAUUGAUACCUAUUAGUUUGAUUUUGAACCCGCACUCUGAUACAUUAGAACGCGACGAACGGGUGCAUUAACUUUCGGCCCACCGACACAUUAAUUUCUCUAUUUUGAUGAUGCAAAGCAGUAGACUGCGCUGUACACAAAAUACGUACCUACGUAAUGUAGAUACCAUAUUUCUUUUCUACUUAGAUUUUACAAGCCCAGGCUUGCGCUUAUUAUUACAUACAUGAUCCAAACUUAUAAACAUACUGCUCGUUGUAUAGGUAGGAUAAUUGUUUAGCGUCCGACACCUUCCCACGAUCCGAAUUUUCCGGGUUUACUUAAGCAUAUCAAAAAAGAAAUUGUAAAACCAUAUUUGGGUAUCGAACCCUCAAUGUCAUCUGCAGUCGUGCCUCUAAAUUUGUAAGCAACGAAAUCGGAGGAAUACGGGACCCGUCCACUUUUAUAGUUUUAUUUUGGUACCUAUAUAAAUAAAUAUUAAACAGGUACUAAAAAUAAAAUGACCCUUUACACAUAAUUAUUUUCUCAUUUAUUUUAAGUUAUAAUAAAUCUGACACAAUUAUAAACGUGAAACUUUAUGUUUAUUGUAUUGUGUACAUCAAGUUGGAAAUUUUGGCAUUAUGCCAAAUACAAAUAAAUGUAAAAAUACAAACUCAAAUGUUAUUAGAACUUACGGAUAUACUAGGUACUUUGAUAAAGCUCCACUUUUUGUUUUACAAAUCAUACAUACACUCUCUUUACAGUCAGUUUCUUAAAUCUUAACUAAAUUAAUAUUUACAAAGACAUUUUUACUCUAUAACAUCUAACUACCUACCUACAUUGAUAAAAGAGAUCACAGAAAAUUGUAGCUGGAAAUCUUUGAGUAAAAUCCCUAUCGUAGUAUGUCUACCACUUUAUUUUUUAUCACAGUGGGUGUGUUUUAUUGAUUUCAAGGCAUUUUCAUUUUAAAAUAUUUGACAUUUUAUUGUCUUUUUUAUAUUAAUAAUUUUUAUAUAUUUCUUUACAAACCAAAAGCUGCCUAAUACAUUAUUUUGCAUUUAUGUGGUAGAUGUUAUAGUAAUUACAUUUCACAUGCUACAAUUGAAGGUUUGCCAAAAAGAACGAAUGGAAGACGACGUUAAAUUAUGAUAAUAUUCUUAAAUUUCAAUCCUUUGAGUUCUUUUGGAUUAUAUCUUCUCUUUUUAGCAAAUCUAAACAAAAAUAUAAAACACUCAUAAAACUAAUUAAAUUACGCAAAUGCAUUAAUCGAGUGCGCAUUACGCACGUAACAUGGAUAGAUACAGAGUUGUGGCAAUUUCCAGUAACUGCUAAAUCUCAGUCAACAGUUAAGUAAUAGUCCAUUGCACAAAUCUUAUAGGUAAUAUUUUAUGACUUUAACACAAAUAAACUCUCGUCCCUUUUGCUAACUAUUUAGAUAGAUAAUUGACACUAUUAGGUAUAAAAAUCACUUGGCACAAAGGCAUCAUUAAGGUCCAUACCCUGUUAAACUCCAAUGACCAUCCUAAAUCUGUCAAAGUACUCUCAGUUAAUAAUUGUUCAUCAAGUACGUUAAUAUUUUUUAGAGGAAGACUUAAAUAUCCUUUCUGAGAGGAAUUUGACUAGAAUUUUAGUGGGUGGAGCUGGUUGCAUACUGAAUAUGCAAAAAUUGCGUUUUGCACUGUUAAGUGUCCCACGAUUCAAGUCUUUUGUAAUCAUUGUUCACAUUUUUCACUUUUUAGAUUAAGCGCGUAAUGUUCAGAGGCGUACUCUGAUUCCCGCUUCAUCAUCAUGUUUUCACCAAUAAGAGCACUUAUGUGGUGUUUAUCAUGGUGCGGCUGAACUGGAUUGGGAUCCGGUCGCGCACGCUUCCGCCACGGCUCUGACGCUGCCAUACUUAGGUCAGUAGGCAUGUCUUCAUCUACGGGUUCUUCGUCACAACGUUCUUCCUUCAUUUCAGUUUUAACGACAGCUUGAGGCACCACUCUCGUCGGACUCAUUUGUUGCCGUAGCAAUGAAAUGUUCUUGAUGUUCUUCAGUUCAGUUGGAUUUCUUAAAAACCUGUAAUAAAGAAGGAUUUUGUUAGUUCUCGAAAUAAGAACUUAUAAAAGUUUUCAAAAAUGUGAAUCAAAUGUUAUUUUUACUUACUGGUAGCAAUGUCUUUCGCCUUGCACUUUCCGCAGGAUAUUCACACGGUAGUAGUAUCUCAAAGCUCGUGACAUUUUGUCGUAAUUCAUGGAAAGGUGAUUCUUCUGGAUUCCCCACAGUUUUGCUAGUCCAGCAGGAUCUACUAUUUUAAACACGCCUGUUUCUCUAUUUUUCCAUGCAAUGUAGUUAGUGUAUCGCUGAGAAGGAUCAUUUAGUAGCUGUUGUAGGAAGUCCCAAAGUAAUCUUCCAUCUGAAAAUAAUAAAAACAAAUAAGUACUAUGUUUAAGGGACUGAAUAUACAAUUUUACUGUCAUAUAUUAUUGUUCUGUAAGCAUAUUAAUCUAACCAAAAUGAAAUAAAUUGAUCCUUACUUGUAUUGGACUCCGGCAUGUCGUUCGGGAAGAAUUCCCUAUGUUGAGCUCGGUAAUGUGAGUGCUGUGGCGCUGGGUGAGGCUGCGGUGCGGGGCUAGAUAGUGGCGCAUCCUUAGGGGAUCGUGGUGGUGGCGCGAAUUGGGCUUCUUCAUCUGAAUCUGAAUGAUUACUUCCUGAACUUGCCGCCUGAGUAGUAGCAGGUAUAGAUGGUGCAUAGUUAGGGGCAUAAUUAACAGCUUCUCCUCGUUGUGGGCUUCCUGAACUAUCUACUGAUGGCGCUGGACUUAAAGUCACAGAAUUUGGCUGAGCAGCCGCUGCAGCAGCGCUGUGGAAAUGGUGAAAGCUGUCGACGGCCCAUGUUGGAGUUGGGGGAUGAGAAUGUGGGGAUGGUGGGUAAGGCGCUGCACGAGCUGUAGGUGUCACUGGAGACGAUGGUACUCUUCCGAGCAAUGCUGCAUCUCUUACUAGCAUUUGCAGAACAUUAUGUAGUACAUCUCCAGCACCAGGACAGCGUUCGCCCAAGUCAGUUUUUGUUAAAAGACACAAAGCCUUUCCUGAAAAAAUAACAUAAUUUGUUAGUUAAAUUUAUUUGAUCGAUGAGGAUAUUAAAUUAUCUUGUAUUUUUAUUAAAUAAUAUUUACCAUUCAUUUGGAAGAGAUCCAUAUCGAAAUUCGGCAAAUCGAAUUCCCUUUCGCACCAUUUCAGGAAAACUGCAACGUCUUCCCUAGUCCAUAAUCUUGGUUCUGGAGGAAGACCAGCCGGCAGUUGGGCCUUCGCAUCACCGAGUGGUGAAGGCGGUGGCGGGGCCCAUGGUAGGGGGUAUCGCCAUAGUAACUCCGUUGGACUGAAUGGUAGCGGCAGCCGCUCCAUGCUCGGCCCCGACGGCAAUUGAAGACUGACAACUUUCAUCACGACUGUGUCUGUAACAAAAUUGAAACGCAUGCUAUAACAAUCAAAAUCUUUAAAGUUAAUUCAAACUUGUUGCCUAGUUGAAGGAUUCCCCAAUGAAUUCAAAUUAAAGUCGGUACAUACUGUAGUUGGACUACCGUUAAAACAGUUCAGCUAUUUGAUAACAGGUGGCGCCAAAGUGGCAAUGUGUUAGUUUUAGGUAUCUUAUCUUUUCUGAUGGCAUCUUCUUAUCAGUCAUUAUUAGAUACCGUGUAAAAUGAAACUACUGUCAUUUUGAUACUCAAGAAAGUAAUUUUUUUUUACAAUUUAUUGUUGGGUGUUUCAGAUCUAGGUUUUGUCAAAGCAAACUCGCGAAAGAUUUUAACUAUAUUAUAUGCUCUUACGUAAGAAAAGCUAUUGAAAUCAAUAUUUAUUUAUAGAGUUUUUAUUACAUUUUAUUGAAAACUUUUUAGUAAUAUCUCGAUAACACAUUACAUUACAUAAUGUAACAGUUGAAGUAAGCGUUAUUAUUGUUUUUAAUGCAUGUGCAACUUUUGGUAUAGAAAUUGUCACUGGGACUGUUUGUUGUUUUUAAGAUACAAUUACUUAAUGCAGUUUUGAUUGUUUGAUUGUUAGAUAUACCUACCUAUAGAGUAAAAACAAUUCCUUGCUUUGUUGUAAUAUUUGUAAUUUAAAUAAACAAUAAACUAGGAGGGAAUCUUUAAUUUUAUUGUCGACUACAAAAAUUGGGCGAGUUGUCUGUUUGACUGUACAGGAAUAUCGUAAAGUAUCUUCUUUCUCAACUGACAAAUCCCUGUUGUUGUGAUGUCAUAAAGGUUAUCACAUUUUGAUAACUUUAUUCGUGUUUAUUGGCAAUAAUUUCAAGCGACUAUCUACUUGUUGGCAAGGCUCUGUGAUUGUCUCAACUUUUCUAAAUAAAAAGUUAGCAAUAUUUUAUUGUUUAGUAAAUUCUUAAUUAUGAAAUUCAUCAUUUUUGUGCUAAGUAAGGAUAAUUAAUUCUUCUGCAAAAGUAAGAAGAUAUAAAAUUUUUACGUUCUGGAUUGGAUGGCUUUAGAUUUUCAUAUUAUCAUAAAUAAAAUGAUGGUAUAACAUCACAAAAAUUAAGUACCUACUACAUUUUAUCAGUUUUCUGUCCUUUGUUGUGUUCGAUGUUGUUUUGUUUUUCUUAAUUUGGCUGUUACUACAGCCACAUUAAGCGACAGGCAGGGCAGUUUGAGAUUCUAACUCUAUUUUUAAAUGAACCAAAUCAAAUUAAAUUGGUAAUAACAAAAACUUAUUUAGGAUUCGCUAAGAAUGAGUUUUAACAAUUCAAGUUUACUUCUAUACAGCAAUGUGAAUAGAUCUUGAAAUUAACAUCAAAAUAAGUAUUUUAUAUUACUACGAAGUUUAAUUUGCUGCCGGAUUUGGAGUUCGUAUCUCUGAGCACAGUACAGUCAGUUGCCUUAUCGGGCGCGGUCGGAAAUGCGUGAGUCCGCGAUAGCGUGGUCUGCGAUAAGCACCGCUACUUACCGGCUGAGCUGAUCCGGAACUGGUUGCGUCGUCAAAAUCCUAUAUGUAGACGGUAACUUGGUAAAUCAGCACAUGUACAUUGUCACAAACACUUGUAGCACAGAAUCCAGUGUUCACAGAGCACCAGGCACACGCGAAGCAGCGGCGGUCCCUCCAAACGUGUCGUGUUACGGCUCGCCGUAAACCAGCAGCGUAUCUGAGGGAUCGAGUUCGCAGACAAGCGUCGCGGGCGACUCUCCGAC